ACAAAAUGCGGCUGGUUUGCAGCUUUUUACAAGCAGGAACAUUUUUUCUCUCCUAUGCCAAAGAUUGACUGCGUUUGCAUUCCUGUUUUACUUUUACCGUGGAGGCAAUUUAAGCAAGAACAUGUAUAGUGAAUUACUAAAUUCAACCGGUGCCACCGAAGCUCACCUCAUCAUUCAGACCAACACACCUUACCUGAGCGGCACACCGAGACCCGUCAGCUCCUCUGCUUUUUACAUGUCAACAGCCAGGGUGUUAAAAGAAGGGGAAAUAAAUAAACCAGACUUGGUGACUUACAUCAUUCUGUUUUUCUUUCUGCUCUUGACUGUGACACUCAUUGUGCUUUUCAUAAACUGCCAGCUGAAAAAUUCUUUUUUUGCUACUCUUCCUUACGACAGAUCACUCAGAGAAGCCAGGAGCCCGUGGAGGACACAAGCUGUCUGA